UCCUUGGGCCGCGUGUUCCCGUCGAUAAGCAUUGUACGAAUAGGGGCACUAACAUUAAGGCACCAAAGCAGGGGGGGGAAUCGUCGGCCCCGACUCCCGUCUUUGAAACUGGGAACUUACAACCCCCAUGUGUGCGAGCCCCUGAUCAGCUGCCACCCGCCCGCGCGAUUCCCAGGACAGCCGGCUGUCCUGACAUUCGUUUAUUAAUAGUUAACAGCAAACAGCCAUGCCGAGCGUUGACGGGACCUCGGCUGGCAGUGACCAGAACGACUCGUCGACCAUCGCCACAAGAGAUGGCCCGUCCGCCCCGGUGUUGUCACCCGCGAAUUAUAAGUCUGGGAAUAAAUCCGUCACCACCAUGGCGGUUGAGCUCGACGAUUUUGGCCUCCCGAUCAGAAAGUACACGGUGCCGGCCGAGGAGGAAACACGAGACAAUGCUACCGCGGUGGGCAUUGACGACAAGUCUCGUACCGCUACAAAGGACGAGCCCAGGGACGCUAGCCAGCAGCCUGAGGACACAUACAGUGAGAAACAAAUCGUGGGGGUAACAGCAGUCAUCAGGAACUCGGACGCUACAGCAAAUCGUCCGGCGCCGGCCAGCAUCCAAGACCCCAAGGGCGCCGUCCCCGACAACGACAGCGAACCUGCAGAUGCAUCUCGGGUAUCCGCGACAAGUUCUCCAGAUGAGCGUGGUGUUGCGGACCGGACGGACCCAGCAACACAGGCUGACGGGCGGCGCGCAGACGAAACAUCAGACGACGCGAACCCGCAGCCUGGAGGCAGCCGCAAUACAGACCACCAGUCGGCAAAUGUCAAGGAACGGGCCCUGUCAGAAGGGAGAAAACCGGAACCAGAGACGACCGAUCCGAAGCACGAUGCAAGCAAGAGGCUGAGCGGAGUCGGCGCCUCCGAGUUUUCGCACCAGCAGCUCACCUCGAACCAACCCGAAAAGAAGGACGGCGACGAUGACGAAUGGCAGGUCAUGCCCGCAUAUGCGCCAUACGACAUAUACGACGACAACAACAAAUUGGUCGCCAAAGAAUACAACGAGAAAGAGGAUGACGAGACAUACGGGUACGCCGGACUGGGCGGGGCCGGCAAGGGGUACACAAGAGUGUUGCUGGACGACGACGCCGAAUCUGCAACCAGCAUGGACGAGCACACCCAAUACCUGUUCAAGGACGGCGGCGGCGGGACAAGCACAGGAGUCACCGAUGACGACCAACGGGACGCCGUGAGCCAGCUGCAGGCGACCAAGGAGCUCCUGACCGAAGGCCAGAGGGUCGCCUACGUGGGCUUGACGCGACUGGAGCUCUCAGCCAUGCUGAAAGAGGCCGAAUCAAUAGAGCACACGUCCAAGACCAAGAAGCAGGUGACGCUGGCCGCCGAGAACAUGAAGAUGUGGAGUCAGAAGAUGAUGAUCAGGCUCUACACCCACAUGGAUAUAAGCCCGGCCGAGCAGGUAAUGAUUGAACAGCUCAGCUCGCACGGCGUCAUGCCCCAGGACCUUACCCCCGUCUUGAUGGCCAACGCCCGUGUGCGGAAUCCCAUGGCAGCUGACGAGGUAGGGCGCUCAUCCAUGUCCAGCCCAAGUCCGUCAAGACCAGCGUCGGUCGCCAGCCCUGUGACGGAGCAGGCAGCCGAGCCGCCGCCGCCCUACUCGAUGGACGAUGACUCGGAGCUCACAGCACCCGUGAGGACGCCCUCGCAAAUGCCAACCACCCAAAAGAUCGACAUUGACAUCCGCUGGACUGUCCUGUGCGACCUAUUCCUGGUGCUUAUCGCAGACUCAAUCUACGACGCCAGGUCCAGGUUACUGCUAGAGAGAGUCGCCAAAGACUUGGAGAUACCAUGGCUCGACAUCUGCCGCUUCGAGAAGAAGGUUACCGACGCGUUGGAAAUGCAGGCCAACGCCGAGAGGGAAAACUGGAACGAGGACGAGCACAUGGAGAAUCGCCGCAAGCUGGCCCUCAAGAGGCGCUACAUCAUGAUGGGGCUUGCUACCGUCGGCGGCGGCUUAGUCAUCGGCCUGUCCGCCGGACUGCUCGCUCCUGUGAUCGGCUUAGGUCUGGCAGCCGGAUUCACAACAAUAGGCAUUGGCGGCACAGGUGGAUUUCUUGCUGGUGCUGGAGGCGCAGCAAUCAUCACGUCGAGUGCGGCAGCGUCAGGCGGCAUCAUCGGCAUCAGAGCCGCCAACAGGAGAACGGGAGCCGUCAAGACGUUCGAAUACCGGCCCCUGCACAACAACAAGCGUGUGAACCUGAUUGUUACCGUCUCGGGAUGGAUGACAGGCAAGGUCGACGACGUCCGGCUGCCCUUCAGCACCGUCGACCCGGUCAUGGGCGACAUCUACUCUGUGCUCUGGGAACCCGAAAUGCUCAGCAGCAUGGGUGACACCAUCAACAUCCUUGCAACCGAGGCUCUCACUCAAGGCCUGCAGCAGGUGUUGGCGAGCACCAUCCUCAUGAGCUUGAUGGCCGCCCUCCAGCUGCCCGUCGUCCUUACCAAACUAUCGUACCUCAUUGACAACCCCUGGACUGUCUCGCUCGAUCGUGCCACCAUGGCUGGUCUGAUUCUGGCCGACUCACUCAUUGACCGCAACCUGGGCACUCGCCCUGUCACUCUUGUCGGCUAUUCUCUGGGCAGCCGAGUCAUUUUCUCGUGCCUUCAGGAGCUCGCAAAGAAGGGGGCCUUUGGCGUCGUGCAGAACGUCUAUCUCUUCGGUAGCCCUGUCGUUGUCAAGAAAGACGAGUACCUGCGCGCCCGCACCGUGGUGGCUGGCCGCUUCGUCAAUGGCUACAACCGCAAUGACUGGAUCCUCGGGUACCUGUUUCGCCUGACAAAUGGCGGCAUCAGGCGGGUCGCUGGCCUGGCCCCCAUCGAGGAUAUCCCCGGGGUGGAAAAUAUGGACGUGUCUGAGUUCGUCGUCGGGCACAUGGACUACCGGCACGCCAUGCCGCGGCUCUUGCGGGAGUGCGGCUGGUUGGUUGAGAGCGACGAGUUCAGCGAGAUCGAAGACCCGGAUCCGGACAACUACCAGGAGCGGCAGCGCGAACUGAUUACCGAGAUUGAGGAAGCAAGGAGAGAGUUGGAGAAGGAAGGCGGCAAGGGGACCAAGGGCGGCGCCUUUGGCUUCUUCAAGCGGAAGAAGGCCCCUCAGAAGCAAGAGUGGGAAGUGUACGAAGACUCCAAAUCCGCUGGCAGCAAGGGCGGAAAGACGGAGGACAAGGAGGGCAACAACCACGGCGUGCUCUUUGACGUCGACGCCAUCCGCGCCGAAAUCGCCAAGGAAGGCCGAAAUCAAAAAACCUCCAACAAAAUCAACAACAAUAAUCUCGAAGAGGAGCUCCUCCAGGUCAGAGAGAUCAAGAGCACGCUGCCGCCGAUCAAACUCGAGCUCAACCCCAACACCAACACCAUCAACCCAGGCCGCGGCCAGCGACAGAGCCUCCGCGAAAUAAAGAGCGCCGAAACAAUUCCCUCCUCCUCCUCCCGCUCCUCGGACGACGCCAAGUCACCGCUCCGCUCCUCUCACGACCCGGCCUCCUCCUCCCUCUCGAAAGAGCGCACGCCGACGUUCCCCGCCGCCGGCAAGGCGGAGAGCGGCAAAAACAGCCCGUACUUCGCUUAUGGGUUCACAGCAAACGGCCAGCAUGACGGGCUGAUUGAUGACGACGAUGGGGUGCAGAUGACGUUUGACUUUGGUACGGGGUGUGGUAAUGACGAGCAGCCGAAACCGUCACGGUUGUCGUCGUCAACCUCGUUUGCUGAUGUGGCGGCUGGUAGUAGUAGUAAAGGGAAAUCGUCGUCGGUAAUAAGCGGCAGGCCCGAGAUGGUCAGGUCGGCGCAGACGGUGCCGAAUAUCACGCUUGCUGAUCCGUGGGCGGAUGAUGAUGACGAGGAGUUUGGGAAGGAGCAGGAGAUUCAGAUGACGUUUGCUUGAAGUUUUGGGGAGUCGAGGGUGGGGGUUUGUUCGGACAGUGUUCGGGGGAGUUGGGGCUUGGGUUUGUGGAAUUGCUGUGGGUGGUGGGUAAGGGGUGGCGGUGUCGAUGGGCGUUUGUUGUUGACGACCUAGGUAAUGCUCAAAUGACGUUGGGAUCUAGAGGGGAUGGGGUUCAUUUCCUC